AUUCUUCGAAUUCACGAUCUUAAAGUCAUAUGAUUCACAGCAAAUAUAGGUACAAAUAUCUCGAUUCGUAUUUCCCAAUUGAGUUUGGAGCGAUAUCUGAAGUGAAGAUUGAAGACGUGAUAGAAGAUGGACGACUACUGCUAUGCUAAGAUGGUGACGUCAUGUCAAAGAGAACAUUCCAGCAAAUCACCAACGGAGAUAAAGACGGAAGAUGAAGACGUCCAGCAGCUGAUCGGUAAUCCAGAAGAAGUUUCCCCUCAGUCAGGGGGGAGCUCCACUUUGAAGCAGGAGACUCCACAACCACCCUGCAUUAAAAAGGAAGAGGAGGAACUCUGCAUCACUCAGGAGGGAGAGUGUCUUCUAGGACGAGAGGAAGCUGAUUACACCAAGUUUCCACUGACUGUUGUCUCUGUGAAGACUGAAGAUGAUGAAGAGAAACCACAAGUAGACAACCUCUUAGCUCCACUAUCAGAUAGUGAGGCUGAAGACGAGGUUGAAGAACCUUUGAGCAGCGAUACAGACUGUGAAGGUGAUAUGAGGACUCACACUGACAACAAACACUCUGAAUGCUCUUCAAAGAAGAGAGGUAAACAAUACUUGAGCUGCUCAGUUCGUGCUGAAAGUUUUAUUAAAAAUAGCCAUUCGAUUGAACACAUGAGAACACACACAGGAGAAAAAACAUUUAAUUGUUCAGUUUGUGGCGUAAGUUUUUCUCGAAAUAGCCAUUUGACUCAACACAUGAUAACACACACAGGAGAAAAAACAUUUAUUUGUUCGGUCUGUGGCAAAGGCUUUUCUCGAAAUAGCCAUUUGACUCAACACAUGAUAACACACACUGAAGAAAAAACAUUUAAGUGUUCAAUUUGUGGCAACAGCUUUUCUCGAAAUAGCUCUUUGACUCAACACAUGAUAACACACACACAAGAAAAAACAUGUAAUUGUUCAGUUUGUGGCAAAAGAUUUUCUCGAAAUAGCUAUUUGACUAAACACAUGAGAACACACACAGGUGAAAAAACAUUUCAUUGUUCAGUUUGUAGCAACAGCUUUUCUCGAAAUAGCUUUUUGACUAAACACAUGAAAACACACACAGGUGAAAAACCAUUUGAUUGUUCAUUUUGUGGCAAAAGCUUUUCUCGAAAUAGCUAUUUGACUAAACACAUUAGAACACACACAGGUGAAAAACCAUAUAAGUGUUCAGUUUGUGGCAAAAGCUUUUGUCGAAAUAGCCUUUUGACUGUACACAUGAGAACACACACAGGAGAAACCCCAUUUUGUUGUUCAGUUUGUGGCAAAAGCUGUUCUUUUAGGAGCACUUUGAUUGAACACAUGGGAAUACAUACAGGUGAAAAACCAUUUAGUUGUUCAGUUUGUGGCAAAUGCUUUUCUGUUAAGAGAAAAUUGACUUACCACAUGAAAACACACGCUGUAGGGAAAAACCAUUUAGUUGUUCAGUGUUCUGUAAAAGGUUCCCACUUAAUACAGACGCAGUAAAACACAAGAACACACAAGGGAAAAUAAGCAAUUAGCUGUUUAGUUUGUGGUAUGUUGCUCAUAUGUGGCGACAUCCACCCUACCCAGGACCUCCUCACUGCUUCUUUCACAAAUAUCUGACGUAUUCAUGCAAACUUGGAUUAUUUGGAGCAUUAUCUUAUCUACUACUGACCCAGUGUCUUCUCUGUAUCUGAAACCUUCCUGAACAGUAAGAUAGAUGAUGCUUCAAGUGCUUGGUUACUCCUUCUUCAGUCCAGGGACCUGGGGCCUCAUGUGUCAAGUUUGUGCACGCUCAAAAACCUGCACUACACCCUUUUUCACGGCAAAGUUGAGAUGUAUCAAAACUGACGUUGACACAUAAGUGAUGCUGGGUAACUGUUUGCAUAAACAACUGCCAACUUUUACUCCUCAGGCUGAUUGAUGUGCAAAUCAGAGACAUAUGAACAAUUAACCCCCAACACCCACAACCCAACCCCCACCUCCCUCGACAUUCGGGCAUAACAGGUUCAAUCCGGCCCGCGAGAUGAGUUUGUGAAGUGUAAAAUUCAGCUGCACUUUUUUUAAUGAAAGAAACUGCUGUUCUAAAUGUGUCAGAUGGAUGGCGAGCAAAUAAGUUAUACUGGGGUGAGCAAGUAUACCAAGCAAGAGGUACACGGUAAAGCGGGGCUGUGACUCCUCCCCCUCCAGCCAACGUAAAAGAGGAGUAAAAUAAUCAAUCAGUAACCCCACUUCAAAUGCAGCAUGAGACACUGCACACUGAUAUAGUUCUGUGAAAAUGAUUGUCUUCUGUGCAAAUGUAAAGAAAGUGAACAGUGUGUGAUUUACUGCAAUACUGUCACUCUUUCUACUUUUUAUUUGUGCUUUGUUGAAAUUGUUCACACAUUGCACUGCUUUUAUUUUUCUGUCAAUACACAUUAUGUCUAGAAGACAGGAAGUAACUCAACACUCUUGAAUAGUUUCUACCUCAGUGUGUAUGGUUUGUUGAGUUAGCACAGGAUUAAUAUGUGGAAAUGACAAAUGAGGUAGUUGAUACAAAGAAUAGUUUUUAUUCAUGCUUUAUUUUGUUUUCAUUCAACCCAAGAUGGGUUGUGACUUAACGCUCUAUAGCCCGCAGACUUUUUUUGGGCUUUGGGAAUCACUAACAAGCCGGAGUCCUUUGAACGCAGAUUUCUUGCCGGGACAUAUGGUACAAUACAAUCGGCAAGAUAGGAGGGGGUCCGGUCCGAUCCGGUGGCCAUGUACUGCUUGCCUGUGUAUCGGCUGGGGACAUCUCUGCGCUGCUGAUCCGCCUCCGCUUGGGAUGGUUUCCUGCUGGCUCCGCUGUGAACGGGACUCUCGCUGCUGUGUUGGAUCCGCUUUGGACUGGACUCUCGCGACUGUGUUGGAUCCAUUAUGGAUUGAACUUUCACAGUAUCAUGUUGGACCCGCUCGACAUCCAUUGCUUUCCUCCUCUCCAAGGUUCUCAUAGUCAUCAUUGUCACCGACGUCCCACUGGGUGUGAGUUUUCCUUGCCCUUAUGUGGGCCUACCGAGGAUGUGGUAGUGGUUUGUGCAGCCCUUUGAGACACUAGUGAUUUAGGGCUAUAUAAGUAAACAUUGAUUGAUUGCUUUGUAGAAACCCUGAGAUUAAGUCUAAGUUCAUUGUGUUCUUCAUGGUGUUUUUGAAACGGCACCAUUUUUUUCCUCUACAUGUUCAACUAACUUGAAGUGUUUUGUCACGAUGAUUAUUUGUGUUAAGUACAUUUUCAGAAUGAACUUGUUCUAUUUUGGACCAAAGUAUAAUAAAGAAUACAAUCUGAA